AUGCCUUCCCCCGCCCGCGUCGGUACUCUGUACCCUGCCUUCCGCAGCAAGUUCGGCCCCAAGUACAACACAAUCCCCAACGUUGGUGGCUGGACCAUUGCCUCCGUCGUUAAGCUCGGAACCCGUGCUGCAGGUUUCGGCGCUGCCGCCGGUGUUGCCGCCCUCUUCUACACCUCCGGCAUCCCGAGAAUUCAGAACGACAUCCUUGUUAAGAUCCCCAUUGUUGGCCCCAAGUUCCUCAAGGAGGUUCCCCCUGCGUCUGACAACCCAUUCUAA